AUGGAUGGGAGUUUGUUUGUGCUGCUUCUGCUGUCAGGGCUCUUUUGGAGCAGUUCUGGUCUUUUUCGUCCAUACCACUAUAUAAAUGUGAGAAUGUCGUGGCCAGAGGCUCAGAGUUACUGCAGAUCAAAGUACACUGAUCUGGCUACUGUAGACAGCAUGGAUGAUGUGAACAGGCUGGUAAAUAUAGUGGAUGCUGGAUACAGUGGAUCAGUGUGGAUUGGACUGAAGACGGGGACACAGACACGCUGGGUUUGGUCUAAUGGAGAUGGUACAGUCACACAGUACAGGCCCUGGAGUGCUGGACAUCCAAUCAGUCAAAACCAAUGUGGCUAUUUUAACUUUGGAGUUUGGUAUAGUUCUCCAUGCACAUCAAAGUUAUUCUGUGUGUGCUACAAUGCAGGUGGAUACAUCUGGGUAAAAGGUUGGAAGAACUGGAUGGAAGCUCAAGACUACUGCAGACAGAAUUACAUAGAUCUGCCCAGCAUCCACAACUCUGAAGAACAAUACCAGCUCAAUAGUACUGUUCCAUCAGUAUCAUGGGUAUGGAUUGGUCUUUUCCAGGACUCUUGGGAAUGGUCUGAUAAAUGGAGUCGCUCCUUCAGACACUGGGCAGCAGAUCAACCAUCCCAGAGUUCAGGAUCUGGUGACUGUGUUGGCAUGUCAAGAGCCAAUUCUGGGAAAUGGGCUCAAUACAGCUGUGAUCUAAAGCAGCCUUUUAUCUGCUAUGGUGUGGCCAAGUUUCAAUCUCAAGAGUACCACUACAUGAAUGAAAGCAUGACCUGGCAAGAAGCUCAGAGUUACUGCAAAGCGAGAUUCAUUGAUCUGGCCACUGCUGACACCAUGAAUGAUGUGAACAGGCUGGUAAAUACAGUGGAUCCUGGAUACAGUGGUUCAGUAUGGAUAGGUCUCCAUGCUGAGACAGAGUAUCGCUGGGUCUGGUCUAUGGGGGACAGUGUGAUCUCCCAGGACAGUAUGUGGCAUCCAGGACAACCAAAUGGUGAUGGGGAGUGUGUGAUGAGUUUAAAUGGAAGCUGGUAUGAUGAGAGCUGCAGCACUGUUCUCCCAUUUGUGUGUUUCAAUGACAGCACUGGUUUCAUGAUAACAAAGACUGCAGUGUCAUGGAGAGAUGCUCAGAGUUAUUGCAGACAACACCAUACCGAUUUGGCGAGUAUCAGCAGCCCAGAGCAGCAGAAUCUAAUCAGUGAUAAAUCAUCGCUCUGGAUUGGUCUGUUUCUGGACUCUUGGGAAUGGUCCGAUCAGAAGAGUCUCAGUUUUAGACAUUGGGAAGCAGAUCAACCAUCCCAGAGUUCAGGAUCUGGUGAUUGUGUUGCGAUGUCAAGAAAAGAAUCUGGAAAAUGGGCUCGAUAUAGCUGUGAUCUACAGCAGCCUUUUAUUUGCUAUGGAGAUGACAAGUUGAUUAGAAAACAGAUAGCCAAACUGAAAUUUUCCUGCACUGGAAAAUGCACAUUGAGCGAUCCUUCACUACAGAUGGCUAUUCUGAAUGAGUUAAGUCAAAAGCUGAAGAGCAUGGGACUGGAAAGUGACAGAAAAUUAAGCUGGAGAAAAAAUGAAGAUGGAGAGGUGUUUCAUCGGGAGAACAAAUCCACAUCCAGUUCAACUGAUUGUAAUUUUCAGUAACAUUUAGCAGAAUCCAAAAC